GAAGCCCUGGUAAAAGGUGUAAAAAUACGGAUUGUAAACUGUAAAUGUCAACUGAUCGUUCGACAAUAAACAGUGUUUGCGUGGAGAGAGUCAGUGAUCGAAAUCCCGGUCCAUUUAGCGUUCCUGCGGCAGUAGGCCGUCUUCCUGUACUCAUUAGGGAAUAAAUCCUACACCUCUCGCACAGUACGAAUUAUAUUCCAAAUUUUUUUGUUAUACGUCUAUAAUUUUAGCGAAGAAAUCGUUCUUGGUUGUUUGUAACCAAUAUUGUAUGAAUACAUGCAGAGAGCACGUAAAUAAACAGUAGAAUAAAAAUUCUAUAGGAUAAAAAGUAUGUCCGCUGUGUAUCCAGCUUUGCCUAAGUUGGCUGUGCGGGAUAGUUUUGACGAUGAAGAUCUGACAGAUAUUGAUGACGAAGUGUUCAUUAGAGAUGGAAAAAGUGGGCUAAAAUUAGACGACGACAGAGGAGUCAAACAGCAUUUAAUGGCGCCUCGUAGAAAAUGUAAAAAGACUUAUAAUUUUGAAACAUAUAGAUUUUCGAACAAAGCUUUUCAUCUAUCUCUUUGCUUUGGACUCAUGGCAUUGAUAAUACUAUUAAGUUUGAUUACGUUAUGUAUAUAUAUUGUAAAUAUAAUUCCUAUACCGAUGUCAAUUCUGAAAAAUUGGUUGUCGCACGAUUUUAAAGAAAAAUCAAACGAAUCCGAUAUAGUUCCGUGUACAUCGCUUGCAACGGAAAUUGUAUGGACUAGAUCGUUACCAAAAUUGACAUCCGAAUCGCCACUGAGAAGCAGUGAUGUUAACAAUGAUGGAUUAGAGGAUAUCAUUGUCGGAUUUAGUACAGAUUUGGAUAUGGUAGAUACUCCAGAAUAUGCUUAUCCAUUGCAUUGCGAAGGACAAAUCCCAUGCUUUGGAGGAGUUCUAGCUUUAAAUGGUAAAACGGGAGAUACUAUUUGGAUGCAUUGGACAGCUCAUGCGAUCUUUUCGGUUGACUGUGGUUUGGAUUUAACAAAUGACAAAAUUAAAGAUUGUAUUAUAUGCGGAUAUGGUGGCAUACUUCAUGCAAUUAAUGGACAGGAUGGAUCUAGUAUAUGGGAAGUACCGGUCAAAGAACUAUCAACUUCGGAAGAAUGGAAACUUUCUGAUAUUUAUGAUGCUAAAUUUAUUGCGGACGUUGAUGGAGACGAAGUUGGAGAUGUUAUCGCAUCGCAUACUAUACAAUCAAGAGAAAUUCAUUUGAGUGAAAUUGUUUUAAUAUCAGGGGCUAAUGGAAAUAUUAUACACAGUUCAUUUCUGCCGAAAACGGAGCAAUUGUUCUUAGCACCUCAAAAAUUAAUUCAUCCGGACGGAGAAAAUAUUUUUGUUCUUGUAACUAGUGGUCGAAACCAUUCGGGAGGAUUAUAUGUUGUUCCUCAGGUGAACUUAAUGUAUAAUAAUUUGAAAUUACGAAAACUGCAUCAUAAUGCAGGAAAUGGGACUCCUUUACCACCAAUUUUGGUGGAUAUAACAUUAGAUGGAAUCGAAGAUAUUAUUGCUGCUACAUUUAACUCUAUGAUAAUAGCUUACGAUGGAUUAACGUUUGAACCUAUUUGGAAUUAUACAGUUCCUAAUUCUGAAGUAAUUAGUAUACCUAUCCCUGGUUAUUACAAUGACGAUGAUAUUCCAGAUUUUAUGGUGAAACAUCAUGUAAGCUCAGAUUUUUCUACAUAUUACAACACAGUUGCGACGGUUAUAGACGGAAAGACAGGAAAGUCUUUGCUAGAAAACCCAAUACAAGAUAGUUUAAGCAAAGAAAUGUCCGGUUUAUCUGUUACUGUCGAAGGUUUUGGAAAUGACUGGUUUUUACAUUGGUCGGUUGAUUGUUUAACUUACGAUGAAAUUAAAGAGAAACAUCAAUUUGCAUUUAACGAAACUUUUAUACCUGAACCACGUGCUGAUUUGUGUAAACUAAAAUUUAACUCUACGCUGACUACAACCCUAUAUGCUUUGAGUCAACAUGUUGGUCCACCUGGUAUAUCAUUAUAUUAUUCCGAAAAUUGGUAUUCUAGAAUAAAAUCGUAUGCAAAUGCGCCGUUUGUAUCCGAAAGAUUAGCUACCAGUUAUAAAGAAUAUAAACCUGAUAUUAUGAACAGUGAAUCUAAUAAAACGUAUGAAAAAUACAUGGCACAUAAAAAGUUUUCUACUACUGACUAUCAAAAUGAUAAUCCAGGCGAUAUUAACAAUGAUUAUACUUGGAAGAGUGGAAGUAAAUGGACGCACAAAAAUGCGCAGACGAAUGAGGAUUAUGAUAUCUCGUAUGAUGGCGAUAGUAAUAUCAAUAUGGGAGAGGAACAGUCUGCGGAUUAUUCACAAGUAGAUCAAAUACGAAAACAAAGAAGUAACAUUGAUGAUAAAUUUACUAAUAACCUCGUCAAAAAUAUAAAUAAUUCGACAGGAAAUGUAGUCAGUAAUCGGUCGAACAUAUUACAGCAACUUAAUAAUUACCUCACGAAUUUUCAUAUGAAAAAUAAUAAAGUAACAGAUAUAGAAACUAAGAUCUCAAAGAAAAACAAUGGGAAUAAUACCAAGGAAUCGACUGAACGGACUUUCGUGAAUAUUACACAAGCCGAUGCACACUUUUUUCCUAAUAUUAUACAAAAUAAAGAGAGAGAUGCAACUAUAGAACAAAGCUUUAAACGGGAACCGUUAAAGAUCCAGAAUAAGGGAAGACAUGUUAAACGAAAAUCUAAAGCAAAAUUAUACAAACAAAAAGGGAAACGUGAAAUAAAAGCUGAAAGUAAUCGUAUAUAUCUGAUGUAUGGUAUACAAAAACAACCACCGACUGGAAUUUUGUUACCUUCUAUUUUGGAAACAAAAGGUGUAACGUCUGUUGAUUUGGUAUUUUCUACGGUUUUGUUAUCGUCUUCGAAAAUACCUGUAAUACCAAUUCAAGAAGAUGUAAAUUGUAAAAAGAAAAUGCUUUUAGAAAAAAAGCUACACUACAAACAAAGUGUUGAUAUCAUUAAAGAUUGUUUAAUUGUACCAGAUACUGGUUAUAAAAUAUACCACGAAGCAACAGAAAGGGAAAAUUUUAAAUCUUCUUUCGACGAAAUGAGAAUAUAUAGACUAAAACUGGAAUGUACCUGCCCAGAAGAUAUGUUACCUAAUCAAAGUUGUAAAAAUAUUUCCUCUCGUCAGAGUUGGUCAGAAUAUUUAGGUCCGCUUGGAAAUGGAUAUUUCAAACCACUACUUCAUAAGGCAAACGUUUAAAUAACUUUCAUUUGUGUUAAUAAAUAUUUUAAUUUCUAAAAG